GUAUAUACAUAAAUACAUAACACAUAUACACAUAUAUAUACACGUAUAUACAUAAGAACACGCAUCAUAAAACAAAUCCUCUCUCAAAUCUACUCGUCUCUUGAUAAAGACUUUAUACCAAUCUUUUUUCAUUUAGUCUGAGAUUUGGAAAUUCAAGAGCGCACGCAUUACUCGUAAGGCCGAUUAUUGUAUACGUUAUUAAAAAAAAAAAAAAAAAAAAAAAUCUAUCUAUCCGAUCGUCGUGCUCUCGAAUUUCGAAAUAUCAACCUCCUUAGCCAAAGCUAGAAAUCGCGUAUAUUACCAUUUAGUUUUUCUUCUUUAUUAAUUUUUUCUUCUUUUCUUUUCUCUUUCUCUUUCUAUCUCCCCCUUUAUACUACCUUCCUAUGUAUGCCAUUAUUAUCUCGUCACUACAUUUUUUUAUUCUCCCCACUCCUCUCCCCUCCCUCUCCCUUCUCCUUUUCCUCCUCCUUUUUUAUCCCACCAUAUUAUUUUCACACGACAUAUGUAUAUGUAAUAUGUUCGACAUACUACUAUUAUUAUUUUUUAAUAUUAUAGUUUCUCUGAAAUAUAUACAUAUUAUCAUUAAAAAAUAAUCAUGGUAAAUUUUUAGAAUAGAGGAACAAUAUAUUAGCAUAUAUAGAGAUUAAAAGUAUACAUAAUAAAAAUAAAAUAAAACUAAAUAAAUAAAUAAAUAUAUAUAUAUAUAUAUAUAUAUAUUGAUAUAUAUAUAUGUAUAUACACACGAACGUAUAUAUAUAUAUGUGUAUAUAUAUAUAUAUAUGUAUGUAUUUAUAUAUAAAUAUAUACAUAUAUUAUAUAUUGAUAAAAUAAUUAAUUGAGGUCGCAAAUUAGUAAUUUCGAAUACGAAUACUGAGCGCAUACUGAUACGAUGACUGAUAAGAGAGGAAAUAAUAAUAAUGACGAUGGUGUAAUAAAAAGGACAGAGAAAAAUAAUAAAGAAAAAAGAUAAGGGUCCGGGGAAGGUAGGGGCGCAAAAAGAAAAAGUAAGGAACAAAUAAAACAAACAAACAAACAAAUAAACAAAUAAAUAAAUAAAUAAAUAAAUAAAUAAAUAAACAAAUAAAACCGAAAAUGGUAUUAUACACGUGGUUCACAAUGUGUGUGUGUGUGUGUGUCUACGGACGACAGACGGAAUAUAAAGUAGACUUGACUGACAUUCAAUGGUCGGGCCUGCUCGCAGAGAGAGAGAGAGAAAGAGAGAGAGAGAGAGAAAACUAAUUCUCAUUGAUUGGAAAAGAGGAAAAUAGGGAAAAAAAUGAAGAAAAUAAAAGAAAAUGUGAAGGAGGAAAAUAAUACAAAAAAAAAAAAUAAAUAAAAUAAUGAAAAAAAAAGAAGAAAAAAAUGAUGAUGAUAAUGAUGAUAAUGAUGAUGAUGAUGAUGAUGAUGAUGAUGAUGAAUACAACAACAAAAAGAUCAGUAAAUGUAAAUGUUUGUAAACAAAUUAUGAAACAUUAUUUGUUCAGUGCCUACAUAUUUACACAGUAACAAUAAAGAUGAAGAUUAGUGCAA